AUCACGUGGAGACACGGGAGAAUCGCGCUAAGGUAGCGGCGGCAGUCCUGUGGCUAAGGCCAUUAAUUUAGGUGUGGCGCAAAUUCGUUACAGAUUUGAUCCGCUACGUGGCUCGCGCGUCUCCACCAUCAACACGGCCCGGGAGUCACGGACAAGAGUCCAUCCAUGGCCGCACGACAAGUCACGGUGAAACCGCCCGUGCAGCCGUUCGCACCUCCUCAUCCCCCGAUCCGUCAUAUCUACUUCAAGCACCCACAUGACGCCGAUGGCGACAAUGUCCUCCUGGUCCUGCCAACAAUUGACGAGGAGGGGGUGCACCAUGAGACUGCCCGCAUCGCGUGUCGUAUUAUUGCCAACAGCCGAUGGGAUGGCUUCUUCUCAUCUAUAAGAGAUAUUCGCGGCCCCAGGGAAAACGUGUGCGACAACGUUCUCCCUAACGGCGGUUCGUGCUCCAAGACAAAGUCCGUCACUGUUACCGAGACAUACAGUGUUGGCCUGGAUGUAACUGCUGGUCUCAAGGAUGCUGUUGACAUUGGCGCGUCCUUCUCCGCCGAGUACAGCGAGGCGGUCGAGACGUCGCUGAGGACUACUAUCACGAUCGACUGCCCGGACAACGGAAGCGGAUAUAUUGUGUGGUACCCCCUUAUGGAAGUCUCUUCCGGCCAAUGUAACAAGGGAACAUGCAGUGGUGGAUACUGUUACACGGACGAGUGGGAGCAAUGCACGAUUCGAAGGCCUACGCAGCCAAGCCAAGGUACACUGAGUGGAGAGUAUGAUUAUAUCUGUAUUUAACUUUCGACAAAUCGAGUAAGGGCAUUGUCGGAACCAAAGGAUAGAGCCUUGAUUUGGUAGUGUAGGACACUCAAGUUACUUGAAACGAAAGCCUGAUGAGUCGGCAGUCUAUAAAAAGAAUCAGGACCGAAUUGAACGCGGUG